AGUGAAUGCUACGAAAGGGGAACUGCAAAGGCGGCGGGGAGGGGCGGCGGGAGCGAGAGCACGGCAGUGACGUGAGCGCUCCACCCAGGGGGCAUCCGAGCUGAGGAGAGAGCGAGCGAGAGGCGAAUGGAGCGCCGCGCCAGGAGGAGGGGCAGAGCCGCGCUCGGAACGUUCAGCAGCAGCAGCAGCAGCAGUCGAGAGUGACACUCCGGCUUUCCCCACAAUUCGAAUUCCGAGGAGCGCUCGACCAUGUGAGUUGAGGAGCUGGCGGCCGCCGCCGCCCUCAGGCGCACCUGCCCCACGCACCUACAGAAACAGCCAGACCGCCAAGGCGCUCCGUGGGUGCCCUCCCCCUCCUCUAACCUCCACCCACUUCGCACCACUGUGAGGGGAAGCGGCCACGCUUGGGUCAGCGGCCGAGCAGCGGCAGCAGCAGGUAGCGGACCUCCCCUCCUCUCUCCUCCCCCUUUCCCUCCCUGAGCCUUCUCCUCCGCUACGCCUCUCCCUCCCCCCUCCUCGUCCUCCCGCUGCCGCCAACACCACGCUAGAAGGAGGAGGAGCGGCGGCAGCAGGAACAGCCGCUGCUUAGAGACACCGAAGAAGCGCCGGGAAACGGCAGAAGCAGCUGCUGGAGGAGGAGGAGGAGGGGGGACCUAACCCCUCCCCACCUCACGCCCCUCACUUGAGGAGACUCGGAAGCGCUUCCCGCCAGGCCAGGUAAAAGGAAGGCAAGAAGGAAGGAAGGAAGGAUCCCCCUUUCUCUCCCCCACCCCCUCCUCGAGCAGGAGCAAAGAGCGGGAAAGCGGGAGCCGGUCCCACCCCCAGCUGAGGGUGGCUGGCGCAGGUUAGCGGCUGAGGCAGAGCUCGCGUGCGGGAGAGAGACAGAAGUCCCCGUCGUUGUCGUCGUCCUCUCCUUGUUCCUCCCGCAGCCAUGUCGGCGGCGCAGGUGUCGUCCUCGCGGCGGCAGUCUUGCUACCUGUGCGACCUGCCGCGCAUGCCUUGGGCCAUGAUCUGGGACUUCAGCGAGCCCGUGUGCAGAGGCUGUGUCAACUACGAGGGCGCGGACCGCAUCGAGUUCGUCAUCGAGACCGCGCGGCAGCUGAAGCGGGCUCACGGGUGCUUCCAGGACGGCCGCUCGCCGGGGCCGCCGCAGCCCGUGGGCGUCAAAGCCGUGGCCCUCUCGGCCAAAGAAGCGGCAGCGGCGGCCGUGCAGCAGCAGCUCAACCAUGUGGACGCCGCCGCCUCGAAAGCGCCGUCAGGCCUGGAGCGGUACGGGCUGAGCGAGCAACGGAGCCGCUUCGAGUACCCGCCACCUCCACCCCAAGGCAGCCACGGAGGUCGCCUCCCCAACGGCCUGGGCGGCCCCAACGGCUUCCCCAAAGCACCCGAUGACGGGCCGCCGGAGCUGAACCGCCAGAGCCCCAACUCCUCCUCGUCCUCCUCUUCCUCGUCGUCCUCUAGGCGAGCGGCGCACGGCGGGCUGGUGAGCGGCCUUCCUCCAGGCGGCGGCAGUGCCCAGCUCAACGUGCCGCCCAACCUGCUGCCCCAGACGCUGCUCAACGGGCCGGCGGCCCCCGGGGUGGCGCUGCCUCCGCCGCGGGGGCCUCCAGCUUCGUCGUCGUCGUCCUCUUCGUCGUCGUCCUCUUCCUCGACGUCUUCCUCCGGCGAUCCGUGCGGGAAGCGGCCCGGCUCAGUCUCCAGCAGCGGGGACCAGGAGCGGGAGCUGAAAGAGAAGCAGCGCAACGCUGAGGCGCUGGCGGAGCUGAGCGAGAGCCUCCGCAACCGUGCCGAGGAGUGGGCCAGCAAGCCAAAGAUGGUGCGGGACACGCUGCUGACGCUGGCCGGCUGCACACCCUACGAGGUGCGCUUCAAGAAGGACCACGCGCUCCUGGGCCGCGUCUUCGCUUUCGACGCCGUCUCCAAGCCCGGGCUGGACUACGAGCUGAAGCUCUUCAUCGAGUACCCCAGCGGCUCCGGCACGGUGUUCUCCAGCGCCUCCGGCGUGGCCAAGCAGAUGUACCAGGACUGCAUGAAGGAUUUCGGCCGCGGCCUGUCCUCAGGCUUCAAGUACCUCGAGUACGAGAAGAAGCACGGCUCCGGCGACUGGCGCCUUUUGGGCGACCUGCUGCCCGAAUCUGUGCGCUUCUUCAAGGAGAUGGUGGGUGCUGACAUGUUGCCGCAGCCCUAUCUUGACACUUCCUGCCCGAUCCUGCCCACCGCCCUCGUCAGCCUACCCAGGACCCCCACCUCUUCCGCCGGCGGAGGUGCAGCCGGGCCGGCCUCCAGCCGCGGGCCAGGCGGUGGAGGCGGCGGCGGCGGCGGCGGCGGCCUGCGCAAGAGGAAGGCCUCUCCGGAGCCUUCGGACUCUGCGUCGGAAGGCAGCCUCAAGCUGAGCGACGAGCAGCAGCGGCAGCAGUGGAUGGCCAGCCAGAGCGAGGCGCUCAAGCUCACCAUGUCGGCGGGGGGCUUUGGCGGGGUGCCGCCGCCCCCGCCGCCUUUGGGGCCUCACUCCAAUCGGACCACCCCGCCGGAGUCGGCCCCGCAGAACGGCCAGUCGCCCAUGGCUGCGCUCAUGUCGGUGGCCGACACACUGGGCAAUGCCCACUCGCCCAAGGACGGCAGCUCCGUGCACUCCACCACGUCGACGCGGAGGAACAGCAGCAGUCCCGUGUCGCCCGCCUCGGUGCCCGGCCAGCGCCGCCUGGCCUCCCGCAACGGGGACAUGAACCUGCAGGUGGCCCCCCCACCCCCCAACGCCCACCCUGGCAUGGACCAAGUGCACCCCCAAAACAUUCCAGACUCGCCCAUGGCCAACAGUGGACCCCUUUGCUGCACCAUUUGCCACGAACGCUUGGAGGACACGCAUUUUGUGCAGUGCCCCUCGGUGCCCAGCCACAAGUUCUGCUUCCCUUGUUCCCGGGAGAGCAUCAAGGCCCAGGGGGCAACUGGUGAAGUUUAUUGCCCCAGUGGCGAGAAAUGCCCCUUAGUAGGUUCCAACGUGCCUUGGGCAUUUAUGCAGGGCGAGAUUGCGACCAUUUUAGCUGGGGAUGUGAAAGUGAAAAAGGAGAGAGACCCUUAAAAACAAACAAUAAAUCAAAACAGCAAAUUCAACUCCCUUCAGCCGCCUGAAGAUGUAGAAUUGUGAAUAUUGAAAACAAAACACACGGGACAAUACUGCAAAAAGUUUAGUCUUAUGUAUAGACCUUAUUUUCGUCGUAUGUUUCUAUAUUUUGAAACAAAGGUAUGUACCCUUCUUCAUUUGAAGGAUAGAGCUCUUCUUUUCGUUUUGUUUUUGUUAAAACAGAAUAUAAUAUUGUUUGGCUACCACAAAAUACCUGUUUCUCAUUUCUUUGGCAGUGUGUUGGCUAGGUACACAGUUAAAUAGCCCUUAGCUAUUACCUGCUGCUGGUGUGUAUUUUCGUAAAUGUAUGCACUUCUCUAAAAUAAGAAAAUUGAAAAAAAAAACUUUUUGCCAAGGCCAGUGUUGAUGCCUAAAAAAGAUUGCUACAAAAAUGGUGACAGCUUAUGUUUUAAAAGCCCAGAGUGUUAGUCCUUCACUUUUUCAUUUUUUUCCUGAUUGUUUUUUAUUUCUUUUUGUUCCUUUGCAAAAUGGUGGGGUGGUAUGGGGGUGUUUUUUUGUUGCAACUUUGUAAAGAAAAAUGUUUCAGUUUGUUCUUACUGAUCUGAACAUUUUUAACCUUCAUGUUUUUGUUUUUGCUUUAUUGAUGCACGGAAGCUUUUGAACACUAGAGCAAAAUUGCUGUACAUGGAAAACCUGCUCUGUUUGUCCUUUAUACAUUUCUGUAGUUAACAGAACACUGUAAUGUGCCUUGGAGCUUAGUAAAUUGUAAUAAAUUCAAUUGAUAUUAA